AUGGCCAAGACAUUUAUUCCUUGGUUUCUCAGUUUAUUUGUUCUCUUAGCCAAUAUCUUCCCUUACUUGGCUGAUAAUGCCACUCUUCCUACCAUUUUCAUACUAGGGGAUUCCACAGCAGAUGUAGGAACUAAUUCUUUCAUACCAGAUAGCCAAGCAAGAGCUAAUUUUCCUCAUAAUGGCGUCGACUUCCCCGAUGGAAUACCAACCGGGAGGUUCAGCAAUGGUUUCAACAGCGCUGAUCACCUCGCUAUGCUUUUGGGAUUAAAGAGAAGCCCUUCCCCCUAUCUCUUUCUCCUUAACCAGACAUCUGGUCACCACAAGCUUCUCCAUAGAGGAGUAAACUUCGCCUCCGGAGGUGCUGGACUUCUAUAUGAAACUGGCCAAAACCUGGCUUUGUACAACCUUGGGGCACGAAAGUUUGGCAUCAUUAGUGUGGCACCAGUUGGAUGCUGUCCAGCCAAUAGACUUGCCUAUAAACGUUUGACCGGUAAAGAAGGUUGUUUUGAAGCCAUGAAUAACGUCGCCUUUGCUUUCCAGUCAGCACUCAACACCUUGCUGUACAACAUCAGCUCUCAGCUUCCCGAAAUGAAGUACUCACUUGGAUAUGCAUACAAUAUGACAAAUGACGUCAUAAAUCAUCCCCAUGACUUCACAACUGGAUCUCUGUAUGACAUCAUUUCAGAUAGCAUAAUUAGAAGUUGA